AUAAUGUAGUUUGGAACAACGCAGUUGCUGCCUGCUGGUCUAUCGAUCCUGGGGAGUGCGGCAGCUGAUCUGUCGAUCAAGGGGGUUAUAUGAAAGCCAACUAUGAUGGAGGUUCCGGUGUUUUCUUUUGUUCCUCUUAGUUGGUACCUCCUUGAGAAGUAACCUAUCUCAAUCGCUUUCAAGUCCGUGUCAAAAUGCCUAUCAUCAAUGGCAUCAAAUACUCUUGUGAACCAUGUAUCCGCGGUCACCGGGCAACAUCUUGCGCACAUCCGGACAGAAUCCUAGUCGAGGUUCGAAAGCCUGGGAGACCUCUUCAGAGCUGUGGCCAUAAGUUGGAUACAUGUGUUUGUGGAAGGCUUGCGGAGGCGUUCAAAAUUGGUGACAUCCUCCCGAAACCUGCAAACCAGCACCCUGUCAAAGAACCAGGGUUAGUAAUAGAAGCAUCUACGAAUCCUAGAUCGGGUCCCUCAUCUGGAAAAUCAAAACCUCGUCGGACCGAUCAGUCAAAGGUGGCCAAGAGAACGAAAACAAAACCGACGAGUGGUCAGGUUACGAAUCAUGCCAGACUUCAGGAAGAGAUUCACCAAUCUGAACUGCUGUCAACAGUUUCCCCGAGCUCCUAUUCUAUGGAGGGCAGAAAAGGUCUCGAAGAUGUCUCCAUAGCGGCCAAUGUACCUUCUUCAUGGCGCGAUUCAGUCUCAGCAUGAACCCCCUGCUUUGCCAAAUAUCUGAGAACAUUCAAGGGGAAAAGGGGGAACUGAGGAUGGAUGUGAC